AUGACGGAAAUGGAAAGGAAAGUUGCGCUGAGGAACGGGUGCUACUAUCAGCUGGCGGUCCUUUGGCUGACCGUGACUUUGGCGACCGGCAUCCAGAUCGAUAAUCGGCUCGUGCAGCCACAGCAUGAUUGCUUCGAGAGGAUAGCGCUCGGUGCGAUGCUGCCGUUCGAAAAGACGUUCCGCAACUCGGACACGAACUCGCUGAAAAUCUGCGAAACGCUCUGCCUCAACGACAAGGAAUGUCAAACGUUUGCCUUUGGUAUUUCCGGUCGAGGAAAUGGAACGUGUCAACUGUCGGCGAACACGAUCGACGCCACCAAGUCACGCCCGGUCGGUACCAUCUUCGAUCCGGACUUUGAUCUGUACGCCAGGAAGUACAACUGUUUUUUAGAUGGACCCACCAACCCACCGCCCAAGCCGGGAGGCCUGGGCAUCUUCCCCAAUGGUGAGCUGGGACCGGGCGGUGGCCCACAGCGACAACCUGGACCCCAGCAACCCCCUCCGCAACAACAACAACCACCACCACCGACCGGUGGUGGCUCUUUUCCACCACCGAGCAUAAUCGAUCGUCCUGGACCGCCGGUUUUUGGUCCAUCGGGAGUGCCGACGAGUUCGGGCAUUGAUCUGCCCACCACCAUCAACGGUGGCUUCGUGGACACCUCCCGACCAACCAGUGGCAGUACAGUGCCUGGCACGACCGGAACGUACGGUCCAACGAGUGGUGAAACGCUUCCCGAAACGACGGCUCCAGCGGAAGAGUUUUACACUACGAAGGACAGUCACAGCCAUCCCACUGGUGGAAAUCCUUAUCUACCGACGAGUACGGCUGCCACUGGACCACAUUAUGGGCUGGCCACGGGCGGUGAUCGUUACUCACCGAGUCAACCCGGUCCCGGUCCAACCGGUAUGCCGGAUCGCGAGAAUCCAACAAAGUAUCCGUUCGAUCAGAGACCAUCGUACGGUGGCGUGGUGAGUGGAUCCGGAGGCCCAUCGAAGCCUGGCACUUAUCCGUACACGUUCCCGAUGCUAUAUGAAACAAACUAUCCGCUACCGAACAAACAGAACGGUUAUCCGGAGAUCUACGCCCAGAAUGUACCGACGCUGGACAACAACUAUCUGCGACCGGAGUACGGUGGCACGAGCUUCGGUGGUCGUCCUGGCCAAGGGGGACCAACGGGAAGCACUCCAACGAUCGGUAGUGGACCAUCUGGUUACGGGGGCAUACAGCGACCGAGUUCAAGUGGAUCCUCAGGAUAUGGUGGAGUAGGAGGAGGAAAUCCAACUGGAAUACGACCACCAGCAUCAGUAUCCUCACCGGGAUCGAGUGGUUACGGAGUGGUGGAUCGUGGUCCAGCACGUCCCUCGGGCCCGGUGCAGACCUCCGGAUAUGGUGUGGUGCGCCCAGUGCCACCACCACCACCACCUCCUGCGACGGCCGUCGGUGGUUAUCACGUACACGAAGACAAACCAGAUCCACACACGCCAACGCACUCGACGCAGACGUCACACAAACGCCCUUGCUACCGUCGAGUGCUGGCCGGAAAGCGGGUCGCCCCGCACUGGGUGCGCCGUACGCUGAUCUGUGAACGCGUCGAAGACUGCCAGCGUGAAUGUGGUGAGGAGCGGCGCUUCUCCUGCGAAGGAUUCAACUAUCGGCUGGAUCCAACGGGCCGUGGACAGGGUGAUUGUGAGCUGAUCGAUCAGCCCCUGUCCCAGAUCGAUCUGUACUCUAGCCCGCAUCAGCGUGAUUCGAACUUAAUCCGCGAUCCGGACUACGACUACUACGAGCGUGAUCGUAGCGCAUCGGCCAACUGUCGAUCGUCGUGUAAGGACUGUGUGCUGAAGCCGUUCCGUCCGACGUUGGAGUUUGUGCGUCCCACAACCUACCGGCCACAUCAUCCCGAGAACUACAAACCCUUCCCGGCCGAUCCGCAUCCGUACGAGGAGGAUCGUUACAAACCGAUCACGGCGAUCGACAAAUAUCGACCACCGAUGUACGUGCGACCCGAAUUCGAACGCUACAGUCCUCCAUCGGGUCCAUACUAUCCACCACCACCAGCACCACCGGCAGACUCUUAUCGGCCUUCGAUUUCACUGAAACCACAGUACGGCGCGGAGAUCGAUCGCUAUGGAUCGUUGGAUCAUGCCGGGCCACCGUACAAACCGUACGAUCGGCAUGAAUAUCCUCGACCGAUAUCGCACGAGGACAUCCGGCCAAUCCACAGACCACGCCAUCCGUACGAAGAUCGUGAUUCGCCACCACCGGCACCGGUACCACAGAUCUCGACUUCACACCAGUACGGUAGCAAACCGGGCACCUUUAUUCCGUAUCUGAUUGGCCAGAGCAUUCACAAAAACGGGGGCAUCUAUGGGGGUUCCUAUGGGCCGUCGUUUAACACGGACUCGUACAAAUCAAUCUCCGAUUACUGGGGACUACGGAACGAGAUCAAACGCUACGACAGUCCAACGUUCAACUACUUUGAGCUGCGCAACGAUCAUC